AUGGGUGAUCGUGAAGCUGAUGUCCCAACCCCAAUUACUCGAGCGGAUCUGGACGCUCAAAACCAACGGAUCGACAACCUAACCACCCAAUUUGGGGAGAUGCGAGUGGCAACCAUAGGCGAGGAGGCAGGGAUGACGAAAGAAGAGAAGGCAGGGAUGAUAAUCGAAGAGAAGGUAGAGAUGGCGAGAGAAGAGAUAAUAGGAGGCAACUUAUUCCGGAUAGUGAGUCCGAGUCAGAAGAAGAACUUGAAGAACCACCACCACCGGCUAAUAAUCCUCGUAAUCGUAAUCAUUGAAGACUUCUUGGAUUGGCUUGUAGAAGUGGAGAGGUUUUUCGAUAUUAUGGAAGUUCCUGAGCAUAAGAUGGUGAAGAUGGUAGCUUUCCGUCUUAAAGCUACAGCGGCUGUUUGGUGGGAUCAAUUGCAAAAUUUACGGCAGAGGCAAGGAAAGCAACGGGUUCGAACAUGGCGGAAGAUGAAGUCGCUUAUGAUGGAACGAUUCUUGCCCACAGAUUAUGAGCAGAUUCUCUACCGUAUGUACCUAGGCUGUGUGCAAGGCACCCGUUCAGUUUCUGAAUAUACCGAAGAAUUCAUGCGUUUGGCAGAGCGAAACCAUUUGACCGAGACUGACAACCAAAAGGUCGCGAGGUACAACAAUGGGCUGAAGAUUUCCAUCCAGGAAAAAAUUGGUAUGCAGAAUAUAUGGACUUUGCAGGAGGCGAUUAACAUGGCAUUGAAGGCUGAAUUGUUGGAGAAGGAGAAACGCCAACCCAACUUCCGCAGGAACACGACGGAAGCCUCUGAAUAUACUGCUGGUGCUUCUAGUGGCUCAGGAGAUAAGGGGAAAGCACAGCAGCAGAAUCUUGGAGGAUCGACAAAACCAGCAACAGUUGGCCAAAACAAAAAUUUCAACGAAGGUAGCAGCCGGAAUUACAACAGAGGGCAGCCCCGAAACCAGUCCCAGAAUCCGUAUGCUAAGCCCAUGACGGACAUAUGUUACCGUUGCCAAAAACCAGGGCAUCGUUCUAAUGUUUGUCCAGAGCGGAAGCAGGCCAACUUUAUCGAAGAAGCCGAUGAAGAUGAGGAAAACGAUGAAGUCGGGGAAGAUGAUUAUGCAGGGGCUGAAUUUGCAGUUGAGGAAGGAAUGGAGAAGAUUACCUUGGUUUUGCAGAGAGUUCUUUUGGCACCAAAGGAGGAAGGGCAGCGUCAUAGUAUUUUUCGUUCCCUCUGCUCAAUCAAAAACAAGGUGUGUGAUGUGAUCGUCGACAAUGGAAGUUGCGAGAAUUUCGUGUCAAAGAAAUUGGUGGAGUAUUUGCAGCUAUCUACGGAGCCUCAUGUCAGCCCUUACUCACUAGGUUGGGUUAAAAAAGGCCCUUCGGUUCGUGUAGCUGAGACUUGCCGAGUGCCACUGUCAAUUGGGGGACCUUGGCAAUUUGAUGUGGAUGCAACUUUCAAGGGACGAGAUAAUCCCGCAAAGCAAUCUGUUGAGCCCAAGACGAGGAGUUCUAGUUUCCUAACCCUAAUUCGCAGCGAGCAGGAGUUGAACGAGGCUGUCAAAGAAGCGGAGUGUUUUUGUCCCUUGGUGUUGAAGGGGUUGUUGAAAAUUGGCGGAGGAGAAGGUGACAUUCCACAAGAUGUGCAGCAGAUUUUGAAUCAAUUUCAGGAACUACUUUCUGAAAAUCUGCCAAACGAGCUGCCUCCUAUGCGGGACAUACAGCACCGAAUUGACUUGGUGCCUGGAGCUAGCCUUCCGAAUCUGCCCCAUUAUCGGAUGAGCCCCAAGGAGAAUGACAUCCUGAGAGAACAGAUUGAAGAAUUACUGCGGAAAGGAUUUAUCCGGGAGAGUUUGAGUCCCUGCGCAGUUCCUGUUUUGCUGGUUCCAAAGAAAGACAAAACUUGGCGAAUGUGUGUUGAUAGCCGGGCAAUCAACAAGAUAACAGUCAAGUACAGGUUUCCCAUUCCACGGUUAGAAGAUAUGCUGGACGUUCUUGGCGGCUCAAGGGUGUUUUCCAAGAUAGAUUUGCGAAGCGGAUACCACCAGAUUCGCAUACGACCUGGAGACGAAUGGAAAACAGCGUUCAAGAGCAAGGACGGAUUAUUUGAAUGGUUGGUGAUGCCAUUCGGAUUGUCAAAUGCACCUAGCACUUUCAUGCGACUCAUGAAUCAGGUUCUUCGACCAUUUAUUGGUUCUUUUGUCGUUGUUUAUUUCGAUGACAUUUUAAUUUACAGUACCACAAAAGAAGAACAUCUUGUGCAUUUGAGACAAGUUUUAGAUGUGUUGAGAGAAAAUAAGCUGUAUGUGAACCUUAAAAAAUGUACUUUCUGCACAAAUAAGCUACUGUUCUUGGGUUUUGUUGUUGGUGAGAAUGGUAUCCAAGUAGAUGACGAGAAGAUCAAGGCAAUCCUUGACUGGCCAGCUCCAAAGACAGUUUCUGAAGUUCGAAGCUUCCAUGGCUUGGCCACCUUUUACAGAAGAUUUGUGAAGCAUUUUAGCACCAUUGCUGCACCUAUCACAGAAUGUUUGAAGAAGGGCCAGUUCAGCUGGGGAGAGGAGCAAGAGAGAAGCUUUGCAGAAAUAAAAGAAAAGCUUUGCACUGCACCGGUUCUAGCUCUUCCAAACUUUGAGAAAGUUUUCGAAGUUGAAUGUGAUGCCAGCGGUGUGGGAGUCGGAGCUGUGCUCUCACAAGACAAGCGGCCAAUUGCGUUCUUUUCUGAAAAAUUGAGCGAUGCACGUCAAAAGUGGAGUACUUAUGACCAAGAGUUCUAUGCGGUUGUUCGAGCUUUGAAGCAAUGGGAGCACUAUCUUAUCCAGAAGGAAUUUGUUUUGUUUACAGAUCAUCAAGCGUUGAAGUAUAUUAACAGCCAGAAAAAUAUUGAUAAAAUGCAUGCUAGAUGGAUGACUUUUUUGCAGAAAUUUUGUUCGUUAUCAAGCAUACUUCCGGCAAGACCAAUCGUGUGGCAAAUGCGCUGA